AUGGCCUCUCUUAUCAUCUGUCCCACAAAGCUUGUGCUGCUGCACUAUCACUGUGUCUUUUCUUUCCCUGCUAAAGAGGUAGGUUUGGCUUAUUCCUUUUCUUUUGUAUUCUCACCAGUGGACCGCAUUGUGGGCCUGGAUCAAGUCACUGGGAUGACUGAGACAGCUUUUGGCUCUGCGUAUAAAACCAAGAAGGGCAUGUUUCGUACUGUUGGGCAGCUCUACAAAGAAUCUCUCACCAAGCUGAUGGCGACACUCCGAAACACCAACCCGAACUUUGUUCGCUGCAUCAUUCCAAAUCAUGAAAAGCGGGCUGGAAAACUGGAUCCACAUCUAGUGCUAGAUCAGCUUCGCUGUAAUGGUGUCCUGGAAGGGAUCAGAAUCUGUCGUCAGGGGUUCCCCAACCGGAUAGUUUUCCAGGAAUUCAGACAGAGAUAUGAGAUCCUAACUCCAAAUGCUAUUCCUAAAGGUUUUAUGGAUGGCAAGCAAGCCUGCGAACGAAUGAUCCGGGCUUUAGAAUUGGACCCAAACUUGUAUAGAAUUGGACAGAGCAAGAUAUUUUUCAGAGCUGGAGUUUUGGCACAUUUAGAGGAAGAAAGAGAUUUAAAAAUCACCGAUAUCAUUAUCUUCUUCCAAGCUGUUUGCAGAGGUUACCUAGCCAGAAAGGCCUUUGCCAAGAAGCAGCAACAACUAAGUGCCUUAAAGGUCUUGCAGCGGAACUGUGCCGCCUAUCUGAAAUUACGGCACUGGCAGUGGUGGCGAGUCUUCACAAAGGUGAAGCCUCUCCUACAAGUUACUCGCCAGGAGGAAGAACUUCAGGCCAAAGAUGAAGAGUUGUUGAAGGUGAAGGAGAAGCAGACCAAGGUGGAAGGAGAGCUGGAGGAGAUGGAGCGGAAGCACCAGCAGCUUUUAGAAGAGAAGAACAUCCUUGCAGAACAAUUACAAGCUGAGACUGAGCUCUUUGCUGAAGCAGAGGAGAUGAGAGCAAGACUUGCUGCUAAAAAGCAAGAAUUAGAAGAGAUACUACAUGACUUGGAGUCUAGGGUUGAAGAAGAAGAAGAAAGAAACCAGAUCCUCCAAAAUGAAAAGAAAAAAAUGCAAGCACACAUUCAGGACCUGGAAGAGCAGCUGGAUGAGGAAGAAGGGGCUCGGCAGAAGCUACAGCUGGAAAAGGUGACAGCAGAGGCUAAAAUCAAGAAGAUGGAAGAGGAGAUUCUGCUUCUCGAGGACCAAAAUUCCAAAUUUAUCAAAGAAAAGAAACUCAUGGAAGAUCGCAUUGCUGAGUGUUCCUCUCAGCUGGCUGAAGAGGAAGAAAAGGCAAAAAACUUGGCCAAAAUCAGGAAUAAGCAAGAAGUGAUGAUCUCAGAUCUAGAAGAACGUUUAAAGAAGGAAGAGAAGACUCGGCAGGAACUGGAAAAGGCCAAAAGAAAACUUGAUGGUGAAACGACUGACCUGCAGGACCAGAUUGCUGAGCUCCAGGCGCAGAUUGAUGAGCUCAAGAUCCAGCUGGCCAAGAAGGAGGAGGAGCUGCAGGGCGCACUGGCCAGAGGUGACGACGAAACUCUCCAUAAGAACAACGCACUCAAAGUUGUGCGAGAACUACAAGCCCAAAUUGCUGAACUUCAGGAAGACUUUGAGUCUGAGAAGGCUUCGCGGAACAAGGCAGAAAAGCAGAAGAGGGACUUGAGUGAAGAACUGGAAGCUCUGAAAACAGAGCUGGAGGAUACUCUGGACACCACAGCGGCUCAGCAAGAACUCCGUACAAAACGUGAACAAGAAGUGGCAGAGCUAAAGAAGGCUCUGGAGGAAGAAACUAAGAACCAUGAAGCUCAAAUCCAGGACAUGAGACAAAGACAUGCAACAGCCCUGGAGGAGCUCUCCGAGCAACUGGAACAGGCUAAAAGGUUCAAAGCAAAUCUGGAGAAGAACAAGCAGGGUCUGGAGACAGAUAACAAGGAGCUGGCCUGUGAGGUGAAGGUGCUGCAGCAGGUCAAGGCCGAGUCUGAGCACAAGAGGAAGAAGCUUGAUGCCCAGGUCCAGGAGCUCCAUGCCAAGGUCUCAGAAGGCGACAGACUCAGGGUGGAGCUGGCCGAGAAAGCAAACAAACUACAAAAUGAGUUGGAUAAUGUCUCAACCCUUCUGGAAGAAGCAGAGAAGAAGGGUAUUAAAUUUGCCAAGGAUGCAACUAGUCUUGAGUCUCAACUACAGGAUACACAGGAGCUCCUUCAGGAGGAGACACGCCAAAAACUGAACCUGAGCAGUCGGAUUCGGCAGCUGGAAGAGGAGAAGAACAGUCUUCAAGAGCAGCAGGAGGAGGAGGAGGAGGCCAGGAAGAACCUGGAGAAGCAGGUGUUGGCGCUGCAGUCCCAGUUGGCUGAUACCAAGAAGAAAGUAGAUGAUGACUUGGGGACAAUUGAAAGUUUGGAAGAAGCCAAAAAGAAGCUUUUGAAAGAUGUGGAGGCAUUAAGCCAGCGCCUGGAGGAGAAGGCCUUGGCCUAUGACAAGCUGGAGAAGACCAAGAACCGCCUGCAGCAGGAGCUCGACGACCUAACGGUGGACCUGGAUCACCAGCGCCAGAUUGUCUCCAACUUGGAGAAGAAGCAGAAGAAGUUCGAUCAGCUGUUAGCAGAAGAGAAGAACAUCUCUGCUCGCUAUGCAGAGGAGCGGGACCGGGCUGAAGCAGAGGCCAGAGAAAAAGAAACAAAAGCCCUGUCCCUGUCCCGGGCCCUUGAGGAAGCCCUGGAGGCCAAGGAAGAAUUUGAGAGGCAGAACAAGCAGCUCCGAGCAGACAUGGAAGACCUGAUGAGCUCCAAAGAUGAUGUGGGGAAGAACGUUCAUGAACUCGAAAAAUCCAAACGUGCCCUAGAGCAGCAAGUGGAAGAAAUGAGGACCCAGCUGGAGGAGCUAGAAGACGAACUCCAGGCUACAGAAGAUGCCAAGCUCCGUCUGGAGGUCAACAUGCAGGCCAUGAAGGCCCAGUUUGAGAGGGACUUGCAAACCAGAGAUGAGCAGAAUGAAGAGAAGAAGCGGCUGCUGAUUAAACAGGUGCGGGAGCUUGAGGCAGAGCUGGAGGAUGAGCGAAAACAGCGGGCACUUGCUGUGGCUUCAAAGAAGAAAAUGGAAAUAGACCUGAAGGACCUUGAAGCUCAAAUCGAGGCUGCCAACAAAGCUAGGGACGAAGUAAUCAAGCAGCUUCGCAAACUUCAGGUACGUACAACCAGCNNNCAACGUGAAUUAGAAGAAGCUCGUGCAUCCCGAGAUGAGAUUUUUGCUCAAUCCAAAGAGACUGAAAAGAAAUUAAAGAGUCUGGAAGCAGAAAUCCUUCAAUUGCAGGAGGAACUGGCUUCAUCUGAGCGAGCUCGCCGGCACGCUGAGCAGGAGAGAGAUGAGCUGGCUGAUGAGAUCGCCAACAGUGCCUCUGGCAAGUCCGCACUGCUGGAUGAGAAGCGUCGUCUGGAAGCACGAAUUGCACAGCUGGAGGAGGAGCUGGAAGAGGAGCAGAGCAACAUGGAGCUGCUCAACGAUCGCUUCCGCAAGACCACUCUCCAGGUGGACACGCUGAAUGCAGAGCUAGCAGCUGAGCGCAGCGCUGCCCAGAAGAGUGACAAUGCGCGCCAGCAGCUGGAGCGACAGAACAAGGAGCUGAAGGCAAAGCUACAGGAACUAGAGGGUGCUGUCAAGUCCAAGUUCAAGGCCACCAUCUCGGCCCUAGAGGCCAAGAUUGGGCAGCUGGAGGAGCAGCUCGAGCAGGAAGCCAAGGAACGAGCAGCUGCCAACAAACUAGUCCGUCGUACUGAGAAGAAGCUGAAAGAAAUCUUCAUGCAGGUUGAAGAUGAACGCCGACACGCAGAUCAGUAUAAGGAACAGAUGGAGAAGGCCAAUGCCCGGAUGAAGCAGCUCAAACGCCAGCUGGAGGAGGCAGAAGAAGAAGCCACACGUGCCAACGCGUCUCGGCGUAAACUCCAGCGGGAACUGGAUGAUGCCAUUGAGGCCAACGAGGGCCUGAGCCGUGAGGUCAGCACCCUGAAGAACCGGCUAAGGCGGGGCGGCCCCAUCAGCUUUGCUUCGAGCCGAUCUGGCCGGCGCCAGCUGCACAUUGAGGGGGCUUCCCUGGAGCUGUCAGACGACGAUACAGAAAGUAAGACCAGUGAUGUCAAUGAGACGCAGCCGCCCCCCUCAGAGUAGAGUCAUGGGAAGCCAGAGGCGGCGAGACAGUGGGACACGUGGGGACUUUCCCAGCGCCAGCCUGCCCUGGGGCCUCCUGCAGAUUUAGGAAACUGGCAAACUACAGGAUUCCUUAUGGAAAGAUCAGCUGUGUCUUAAGGCUUCCAGCCUACGCACACUGUAUCCUGCUUCAGAUUUAGGUACAAUUGCUCCCUUUUUCUAUAUAUACAUACACAAAACACACACAUAUUAAACAAACUGUCUCAUUGCAUCUAUUUUCCAUGUAUUCAUCAAGAGACCAUUUUAUAAUACAUGUUAAGAAGAGAACCCUUUUUGAAACAAUCUCCUGACCCUCCGCUGCCAGGCGCUGGGCUAUUUGGGCGGCGGUGGUGGUUGCUCAGUCGCUCUGCAUGCUCUCUGUCUACAGACAGGUAACUUAGUUCUGUGUUCGUGUGGCCCCGACUCCUCGGCCACAUCGAGUCUCUUAGAACAUUGUGGAACCUAAACUGCACUUGUGUCUCUCAUUUCCUUCAAAUAAUGAUCAACACUAUUUCAGCGAGCAAACUGUGAAAGGGACUUUGGAAAGAUUAGGAGGGUGGGUUGGGCUGGAGGAAGUGGCACCCAUUUGGGGCUGCCAUGCCCAUCUCCCAAAGGGUGGCUCUGCCCCUCGAGGUGGUGGUGUCCCUACAUCUACUCACGUGAGCUAUCCUUGGCCAGGGCUGGUCUGUGUCUGGAAAGGGUAGUGGCCACGACGCAGCAAAGGCCGCAGGUGGCAGCCAGCACACUGACUUCUGGAUGACGGUCUCCGAACCAGCUGGCUUCACCAAUGCCCUGCUCACUCAGGAGCAAGCAGCUGUGGGCCCCUGAGCAGGAGCUGAUGGAAGGCCCUCCGUCACCAGCCAGCCUCUCAUGCUGCAAAUUCAGCCGCUGCUUUGAGCCCAAAAUGAGAAUAUUGGUUUUGUGUCCAAGGUUUGUUCUAAGUAUGUCUGUGAGGUUUACAGAAACUCAAGAACAGAUGCCAUCUGCCUGAAUGUUGACAUGCCAGUGGGUGUGACUCCUUUUUCAUUUUUCCCUCUCCCUUCCCUUUGGACAGUGUCACAGUGAUCAUUUAGCAUCCUGUCUUUGGUUGAUAGUUGAGCAAACUGACAUUACAGAAAGUGCCUUAGACACUACAGUACUAAGACAAUGUUAAAUAUCUUAUUUGCCUCUAUAACAAUUUAAUGUAUUAAGUUUUGACUGUGCUUCAUAUCAUGUACCUCUCUAGUCAAAGUGGUAUUAUAAACAUUCAGUGACAAUGAAUCAGUGUUAAUUAUAAAUCCUUGAUCCUCUGCAACGUGCUUGAAAACACAAACCUUUUGGGUUAAAAGCUUUAACAUCUGUUAGGAAGAAUUUGUCAUGUGGGUUUGGAAUCUUUGAUUUUCCCCCUUUAUGAAUUGUACUGGCUGUUGACCACCAGACACCUGACUGCAAAUAUCUUUUCUUGUAUUCCCAUAUUUCUAGAUAAUGAUUUUUGUAAGACAAUAAAUUUAUUCAUUAUAGAUAUUUACGCCUGCUCUAUUUACUUGGAGAAAAAAGCACCCAUUGAGAAUAAACAGACCUCAAUAAACAAGAAUAAUCAUGUGAA